CCAUGUGACCUCUGUGAUCAUUCACAGAUUUCACACAUAGUAAGGAAUGAUGUCAAAUGUGACAUCUUGCUUACUACUCUGCAUGUGAUCACUGAUUGGCCAAUCAGUGAUCACAUGAUAGGGACCUCGUACAGAGAGGUCCCGUACAACGAUCGGUGUUCCACUGUGUCCAGAGGACACAGCGGGCACUGGAUCGAGGUGCUGCAUGCUCCAUGUGAGCACGCACAAGCAGGGAAGCGGGGAGGUCAUUUAUAAACAGCCACCCGCCCCUACACUGCUCCCGUCUGGACGUUUAUAUACAUGGGCCGGACUGGAA